AUGGUCAAAGUCGCAAUUUUAGGAGCUGCUGGUGGUAUUGGUCAACCAUUAUCUUUAUUAACCAAAUUAAACCCAAAUGUUGAUGAAUUGGCAUUAUUUGAUGUUGUCAAUGUUCCAGGGGUUGGUGCCGAUUUAUCUCAUAUCAAUUCUGAUUCUAAAACUCAAUCAUAUUUACCAAAAGAUAAAGAAGAUAAAACUGCAUUAGCUGCUGCAUUAAAAGAUUCCGAUUUAGUCAUUAUUCCUGCUGGGGUUCCAAGAAAACCAGGUAUGACUAGAGAUGAUUUAUUCAAUAUUAAUGCAUCAAUUGUUCAAGGAUUAGCUGAAGGUAUUGCUGCCAAUUCCCCAAAAGCUUUUGUCUUGGUGAUUUCUAAUCCAGUCAAUUCUACUGUUCCAAUUGUUGCUCAAACUUUGAAGGCUAAAGGAGUUUAUGAUCCAGCUAGAUUAUUUGGUGUUACCACUUUGGAUAUUGUUAGAGCCAAUACAUUUAUUUCUCAAUUAUUCCCAGAUCAAACUAAACCAUCUGAUUUCAAUAUUAAUGUUGUUGGUGGUCAUUCAGGUGAAACCAUUGUUCCAUUAUAUUCAUUAGGUAAUUCUAAACAAUAUUAUGAUAUAUUAUCUGAAGAACAAAAGAAGGAAUUAAUUAAAAGAGUUCAAUUUGGUGGUGAUGAAGUUGUUCAAGCCAAGAAUGGUGCUGGUUCCGCCACUUUAUCCAUGGCUUAUGCCGGUUAUAGAUUAGCCGAAUCAAUUUUAGCUGCUGUCAAUGGUAAAUCUGAUAUUGUUGAAUGUACUUUCUUGAAUUUGGAUUCAUCUAUUAAAGGUGCAUCUGAAGCUAAGAAAUUGGUUAAAGAUUUGGAUUUCUUUUCCUUACCAGUUCAAUUAGGUAAAAAUGGUAUUACUGAAGUUAAAUACGAUAUUUUAAAUCAAAUUUCUGAUGAUGAAAAGAAAUUGUUAGAAGUUGCCAUUGAACAAUUACAAAAGAAUAUCGAAAAAGGUGUUUCAUUUGCUAAAAAGUAA